AUCUCGCUAAGUGUUUAGAACCUAAUUUAGUGGUGAGGUCUAUUUUGAUAUAGGUAAUACGAGUUUUACUCUAAAAAUUGAACAAUAUGCAUACUCUUCUAAUUAUUGCACUUAUUUCCAUAGGAUGGGCACUUCCUAAUAAGAAAAAUUUCAACGAAAUAAAAACUAUGACCAAUACUCAUAUGAACGACCUUCAUUCUACAGGAUACAAUUUCGAUCCGUCACACAUCAACGUCGAAGUUACAUCAAACUGCUCGAAUUCCUUAUACAUAAGCGCCAUCUCUCCUACCAACGACCCAAAAGAACACCUCACAGUGGUUUACAGUAUCUCUCAGAAAGUUAUAAAUCACGGAAGCCAAAAAUGGAUAGCCAAUUUAGCUCUUCACAAAACAGAAAACGUCAAAAUAUACGACUCAGAUACCACAAAAUUGUACAAUGAGUUUCAGAAAAAUUUGACAUUUGAACAUGGCGCUGUUAAAGUAUUUAUAGUGCUAAGCGUUUCUGAAACAUUUAACCGUGCCGUUGAUUUUAGCAACCUUACGAUACCAUCCAGAAUCAAUUAUAACGCCUGUAUUUUAACUCAAGUUAACAUUACAUUCCCUUCCACGUCUUCAUCUUACGAAGAUAAACUACAUACAUACAAUUAUCUUGAAGAUGAAUCGCAAUAUCUGCAGAAUGAAUUUUCGGUUCCCUUUACAACUGAUUUGAUUUCUUUAGCAAACGUUUCAGCACAAGAAGAAACAUCUAACUGCGUCAAUGCCGAUUGCAGUAGUUCCGAUGUUAAAAUUACAUUUGGAUCAAUGGAGUUGGCUGAUGAUAUUGAGGUUAAAAACUUGAUAGUCGUUAAUCCAGAGGCGUCGAGUUUUAGAGAAAUUGUUACUGAUAAAAUUGGCUUGUAUUCAAGUAAUUUUUACAUUAAUGUUAAUUAUACGGUUGCUAUUAGUAAUACUAAUAAUAAUAAAAAAACAUGUAAUAACUGUUAA